UUUUAGAAUGCUUUUAUGGAAGCUUUGUUAUGAAAAAAUACUCUAUGAAAACCACAAACCCGAAGACAUAAAGAAACAUGUUCUCAGUAGUAAAAGAGAAAAUUUGACAAUAGGUAAUAGAAAGCAACCAAAAGAUAAAGAAAUCCAAAAAGAAUUUGUGAGAAUUAUUAAGAAAAUUGCUCAAUUAAAUUAUGCAUUUACCUUAAUUAAGGAUAUAAAGGAUCCGGAAAAACAAAAGGAAUUUUUAAAAUAUUUGAAAUUAUUAGCCGAUCAAGGAAAUGAGGAAGCAGAGUAUCAUUUAG